UUGCAUACAAAUUUCAAGUGUGCGUGGAGCCCCGGGGACGUUUCCGAGAUUGCACUUUGCAAUAAGCUUCGACUAAGACGGAACAUGGAGACGCAGACGCCCGUGAAGAUGCCGAGCGACAUUGACUCGGCGCCGAUCGGCAAGCACCAAGCGCCGACGGUCGCGCCCAUCCGGACGCGGUCGCUCUCGAUCAACUCGUACGACACGGUGGACACGCCCAAGGCCAUCUCGGACGAGCAGCAGGAAGCGUUCCGCAAGAAGCACGACGUGCACGACGAGGCGCCCAAGGCGCAUUCGCCGGCGCACAUCGUGUCGGCCGUGAGCCCGCACAAGCUCGGCCAAAAGGCCAUUGUCAUGCCCAAGGCCAUGCACCUCUAACCCUCGUCGUCCUCGCCGUCUGUACACUACACCACGCAUUUCGUACUACUACCUUUUACAAUCCACACGUAUUGUCCAACACAGUACAAGUUUAUUGUAUCUUAUGGCGACA